AUGGCCUUCUAUCUCUUUUCCCUGCUGGCUCUUGCCCUCGUUCUCCCUAGCUCUUGCGGACAACGACAGGGAACUAUCGGUCCUGUGGGCGACCUCGUCGUCUCCAACGGGAAAGUCAGUCCCGAUGGCGUUCAACGCUAUGCCGCAUUGGCGAACUCACAAAUAGAUCGCACGCUCAUCAGAGGAAACAAGGGCGAUAAAUUCCGAAUCAACGUCGUCAACGAACUCGACAACAAUACGUAUCUACAAAGCACAUCUAUCCACUGGCAUGGCCUUUUCCAGAAGGGAACUGCGUGGGCCGACGGUCCCGCUUUCGUAAGCCAGUGCCCUAUCGUGACAGGAGAUUCUUUUCUCUACACUUUUGAUUCUGCCAACCAAGCUGGAACGUACUGGUACCACUCUCAUUUGGCUACUCAAUACUGUGACGGGCUUCGUGGGCCUUUAAUCAUCUACGACCCCCACGAUCCACAUGCCCACCUGUAUGAUGUUGAUGAUGAGAGUACUAGCAUCUUGACGUUGUCGGACUGGUACCAUACAACCGCGGCAAAUUUAACUUUUCCCACUCCGGAUUCUACACUUAUCAAUGGCUUGGGACGGUGGAGUGGAAACGCUACAAGUGAUUUAGCUGUUGUGAAGGUCAAGAAGGGAACACGGUAUCGCAUUCGAAUGAUCAACGUUGGGUGCGAUGCGGCGUUCAAUUUCACUAUUGCUAACCACACGAUGACAAUUAUCGAAGUUGAUGGUGUGAACCAUGUUCCAUACACUGUAGAUGAAAUUCAGAUCUUUGCCGCUCAACGAUACUCGUUUGUUUUGAACGCGAACCAAGAGAUUGGAAACUACUGGAUCCAUGCCAAUACCAGUGUCGGGCAGGCGGGUUUCGAAGGUGGUAUCAACUCUGCCAUCCUUCGAUACGAUGGUGCCGCUGAUGAAGAACCUGCUUCCAUGAAUUUCACCAGUGUACUGAGAAUGAAUGAAACCCAGCUGGUGCCCCUCGAGAAUCCUGGAGCACCCGGAUCCCCUGAACCCGGAGGUGUCGACGUUGCGCUUAACCUAGCCUUCGAUUUUCCUGCAGGCACCGGAAGGUUCACAGUUAACGGCAUCUCGUUUAUUCCCCCGCCGGUUCCGGUUCUUUUGCAGAUUUUAAGCGGUGCACAGGGUCCUCAUGACCUGCUUCCCAAUGGCUCCGUUUACUCUCUUCCAUUACAUUCCACGGUUGAAAUUUCUAUGCCGGGAGGUGUCCCUGGGGGAGGGCAUCCGUUACAUUUGCACGGCCACAACUUUGAUGUCGUCCGAAGCGCCGGUAGUCAUGUGUACAACUACGAGAAUCCUGUGAGAAGGGACGUAGUAAACAUCGGUGGUGCGGGUGACAAUGUUACGAUUCGGUUCACCACCGACAACCCUGGACCGUGGUUCCUUCAUUGCCAUAUUGAAUGGCACUUGGAUGCUGGAUUCGCAAUUGUUUUUGCUGAGGCUGCGGAAAGGUGGAACUCUACCAUCCACCCUACCGAUCAAUGGGAUAAGCUCUGUCCCAAAUACAAUGCCACGCUCCAAGAUGCUCUUUAGGAUGCUUCCCGCGGCAGGUGGGAAUGUCAUACGUGAAUUUAUUGAAUUCUUGAACUUUUUUUUUUGUCACUGAUCUUUAACCACUGCUGUUUCUCACAUUGAUAUGAUUAC